AUGUUGGCCUCUGAAGUUGGUGCAGUUGGUGCAGUUGGUGCGGUUUGUGCGGUUUGUGCGAAGGGACCGAGCUGCAUCAAACCUUCCCAGUGGUGCGACGGGAUCAGGGACUGUUACGACGGGGAGGAUGAAUCCAACUGCUUCCGUCUUCAUGGGACCAAGUCUGUGCUGGAGGGUUUCUCCUCAGCGAAGCAGAAGUGGAUGCCUGUGUGUGCUCAGGCCUGGAACGACUCCUACGGGCAGGCCGUGUGUGAGCAGAUCGGCUUCCGCAGUCAGGACUAUGUGAGCUCCAGCCAGACCAACGCCGGCCGGCUGGCCUCUGGCGGAUACCUGAAGCUGAAGCCUGGAAGUAAUCCUCACUCGGACCUGAGGUCCCAGCUCGUUCACAGCCUUGAUUGCUCGGAGAAGGCUGUCACGGUUCAGUGUGUUGAAUGUGGCCGGCCUGCGGUGGAUCCCGGGGCUCGUGUCGUGGGCGGCACCGAAGCGGCGAAUGGGGUCUGGCCCUGGCAGGUCAGCCUGCAGAUUAACAACCAGCACCUCUGUGGAGGCUCCAUCAUCAGCCCCACCUGGAUCCUGACGGCGGCGCACUGCUUCCAAGACUACAAUGACCUGAGCCGCUGGAGAGUGUAUUCCGGAGACGUGAGCCUGUCUGUGAUGGACCGUGGCAGGACGAUCCUCAAGAUCAUAAGUCAUGAAGACUACAACCCGCAGACCAACGACAACGACAUCGCUCUCCUGAGGCUCAGCAGGCCCUUGGUGUUCGGAAGUACCGUGAUGGCGGUGUGUCUUCCAAAUGUUGGCCAAGUGCUUGGACCUCGGAGUGAAGCCUGGAUCACAGGAUGGGGACGCCUGAGCCAGUUCGGAUCGGAUUUACUGAAUCAAGCCCGGGUGAGCAUUUUCAGCAGAGACACCUGCAACCUCCCUCACGUCCUGGGCGGCCUGGUGACCAAGACCAUGGCGUGUGCAGGCAGGCUGCAGGGAGGCGUGGACACCUGCCAGGGCGACAGCGGAGGACCUCUGGUGGUCAGACAGGACGACGUCUGGUGGCUGGCAGGGGACACCAGCUUUGGGUUCGGUUGUGCUCUGAGGAACAAGCCAGGGGUCUACGCCAACGUGACCUACUUCACCGACUGGAUCCACAAGACAAUGAAGGUUUUCAAAAGGGAGCAGUUCGCACCUCAUGGGGGCGCCAGAGAGCACCAUGGUGUAUCCGCUAUCUGGAAAUGGUAG